CCCCGGGGGGAAGGAGGAGGCGGCAGGGGGGGAUCGGCUCAGUGAAUGAAUGGGCGGCAGCGGCGGCGGCUCCUCUGCUCAAUGGCUGCUGGGCUGAUACGCGCCAGCCCCGCAGCCGGUGCCUCCCUCGCCCUCCCGUAUUUUGUCUCAGGCUCGCCUCGCUCGGGGCUCCCCAGACAUGUUCAACCAGCAGCAGUUCCAGCAGCAGCUGCUGCAGCUCCAGCACCUCCUCCAGCAGCAGCAGCAGCAGCAGCACCAUCACCACCCUCCGGCGCAGCAGGGAGGCCGGGGUUUGCCGCCACCGCAGCAGCAACAGAUGCUGAGCUUACGGGCAACAAAUCAGCCAUCGCUGCUCAAUGCCAAUCCUAUGCUUCAGCGGGCCUUACUCAUGCAGCAGAUGCAAGGAAACCUGCGUGGAUUUAACAUGACAGCGCCAGCACUGCAGCAGUUCUUCCCUCAGGCUACAAGACAUUCCCUCCUGGGACCACCACCUGUUGGGGUCUCCUUAAAGCCAACUCGGCUGGGCUUCCCCAGCCUCCCAUUCCAGCGGCAGAACCGGACCUUUCGCAAGGACUUCCAGAGGGUUCCUGACAGGAAGCGGGAACUAGAUCCUGGUUCUUCAUCUCAGACACAAGGUGAUGAGAAAAUGGAGAUUCCAGAGGGAAUGCAAGCAGGGUCAGAGCAGAACAAUUCCUCACCAUCCACAGAGCCAAGAACUCCAACAGAGUCUGUGUUGAACACUGAGCCUGCAGCAAAAAGACUGAAGAGUGUGACUGGGGAGCCUGCGUUAGAGGAUGCCACAGACAGCAAGAAAGCAGGAGUCUCGUGCACCCAUGUCCAAGCUGAUGGUACAGACAAUGCAAAGGAGUACACAGCUGAUGAUCUCUCCAGAGAGAGGAAAUUCUCUGAGGAACCGAAGGCUCCUGAGGUGUUGAGCUCUGGAGGUUCAUUGAAAGUGACUAUUCAGCAGAGCAGUGAGAGCAGAGCUAUCAGUACAACAGCUCUGAAACCAGGGCACUGGGCCUGUGACGUGGGUACAGCUGAUCCCAACCCGGAAUCGGUCCUUAAAUUCUACUGCUACAUCUGCAAGACCAAUUGCUGCAGUCAGCAGAAUUUCCAAUCCCACAUGGCUGGAAUUCAGCACCAGCAGCGACUUGGGGAGAUUCAGCACAUGAGCAAUGUUUGUUUUGUUUCACUACUGCCCAUGGUGAAACAGCAGAAGGUGCUAGCAGGAAAAGAUGGAGAGACCCAGCAGCGGUGGUGUAACACAUGCCAGGUGCAUUUCACAGGGGACCUCAUCAAACAUCGCAGGACCCAGGAACACAAGCUGGCCAAACGCUCGCUUCGUCCUUUCUGCACUGUCUGCAGCCGGCACUUCAAGACCCCUCGCAAGUUUGUGGAGCAUAUGAAGUCCCCUGAGCACAAACAGAAAGCCAAAGAGGUUAGACUAGGAGAGAAGGAGUUGGGGAGCCCAGAAGAUUCAGAGGAGUUGAUCACUGUGGAUGCUGUUGGCUGUUUUGAAGAUGAUGAUGAGGAAGAGGAGGAGGACGAGGGAGGAGCUGGUGAGGAGGAAGACCGAGAUGUAGUGCUGAUGGAAAAUGAGGAUUCUGCUGCCAAGCAGGCUGGGCUGAAGGAAGUGUCUUUGGAGGAUUACGAAGGAAGUGAGAAGUAUUGUCCAGACACAGCCUAUGGCCUGGAUUUUCUGGUCCCCGUCGCAGGUUACCUCUGCAGGCUGUGUCACAAAUUCUACCAUAGCGACUCCGCUGCCCGGCUCGCACACUGCAAGUCCCUGAUGCAUUUUGAGAACUUUCAGAGAUACAAGGCAGCAAGGCACCGUGCCACAACUGCCUAUCCCGAAGCUCCUUUACAUUCCCAGGGCUCCAGCUCCCAAUUGCUGGAUGAUCCAAAACAGCCUCUUGCUACAACAGCACAUACCAGCAAGAAGAUGAAUGAUGAUGGUGGGAUAGAUAAGGAGGGCACGGAGCUGUCAGCCCUGCAAGAACAAACUUCAAGGUCUCUGGAGGAAGAAGAAAGUCUACAGGAAGAGAACAAGUCCACUGCCAGUAGUGCCGACUGCCUGUUCUCUGAGGAGAGCCACACCGUAGGGGAGUCACUGGGACAUGAGGAAGAGGCCAACACAGCCAGGCAGAGGGCAGACACAGACGACCACCAGGAUCCAGGGAGUGGAGGAGGCUUAGGACAGGAGGCAGCAGAUGCAGGCCAGGAGGCAGCAGCAGAGCCUUCCUCCCUCGCCAAAGGUGAGACAGCUGGUCUCACCUCUGCUGGGUGCAGACGCUCUUCCAGGCGCAAACCCAGAUAGAGUGGCCUUAAAGGAGAGCCCUUUACAUAUGAUAUUUGCUGGAAAUGUUUUAUUUUCUGAGUCUUUUAAUAGAGCAAAACCUUCAACUUUACUGCUGUUUUUAUUUUAAGAAUAAAUAAGCCUGGCUUUAGCGUGUCUAAUACAGGAUAGUGUUGCUUAUUACUUGUACAGUUGGGAUACAGCAGUUAUGUGGAAAGACUAAGGCUUGAACCUGAAAGAAGAUGGUAAUGGGAUUUCCACAGGGGACAAACUUCACGGAGUGAUGGAUGCAGACAUAAGAAUUCUUUGUAGUUCCUCUCAUUUCCUUUCCAGAGACAAUGUUUAUCUCUUGGGAGACUCUGCUGAAUUCUGCUUCUCAGAACACUUUCCUUUCUAAGACACACACUGUUGGACAAGUCCUAAGCUAGGCAAGAACAUGCACCUUGGUCCUUUGUUAAUACUACAAGGCUUAAUCCAAUCUGUUCUCAUAGUGGAGACUCUCAGGAACAAAUUUUGUUUCAAAUUGAUUUUAAUAAAACAGAUUUCUUUUAAAUAA